AGAUCGGUAACAAUUACUGUUACAGAAAAAAACAGCAGUAGUUUGUUAUAGUUAUAAUUUAAUUAAUACAAUUUGCGAGUUCAAAAUAGUUAAAGAAAUUAAUCUCGGAACGUUAAGUUCCAUUUUGGUACUUUAUAUCACAGUCAGACACAGAAACAAACCUCUGGCACCAGACCAAUCGGGGGUCUUUCCUCGGCGAGCUGGUCUUGGCGUUACCCGAGACGUGCCAGCUCCGCGAUCUCUCCGCCAGCCGCUCGGUGGACCAAUCAGAGCGCAGGACUGUAAAAGCUGCCUAUUUGCCGCAAAGCUGAAACUGCUGCAAAAGUGCUGCUUUAAAGGCGCAGCUCCAAUUCAGUUUCAUCUUUGCCAGAAGUAUUGACAAUAAAUGCCUUGCCGUCAUUUUUGAAAAGGUAUAUAUUUUGUCUUUCCAAGGUAAUAAUUUAGUUAACAUACAAGGAUGUGAUGUACAGCAGCCCACUCCAGAGAUUAUUUUACUGUACCUGUCUGAGAGAAAGAGACGGACAGGAAUUUAAGUAUAUUGGUGGAUCCAAGUUUACUGGAACUUUCUACAACCCAAGUGAGAUUUCUACAGCAAAGUGAUUCGUAAGCGUUCCCUAAGACUUCUGACAGUCGAAUGUCAGCAAACAAGGAAAAAUGGAUGGUUUGUCACUGAAGGCUAAGGAAUCAAUGAGUGGAAGAAUGGAUACAUCAGAAGAGGUCAAGAUAGAAAUGGACACUGAGGAGAUGAAACUUGGAUCUGCAGGGGGAUUAGUGAAGCUUUGUGAAUGUCAGCCAGAUACGCCUUGGACUAGAGAAGAGGCCGAGAAUGGGCCCAAGGUAACAAAUGAGAUUUCGGCUUUCAAAGGGGCCCCAAAAGAUGCUGAAAGCAAUAAGCUGCUUGAACACAGACAGGAGCAGCUCAGGAUAGAUUCCUUACCACUGAGUGAGAUUCAGACAACAGAGUCUAAUGCUGAAGAGCAGCAGAUGAAGAAACAGUUUGGGGAAGUUGCAGCAGAGGGCAGCAUUGAGCCACAGCUAAGCAAAGUCAAGCCAGGAAGAGCCACUGAAGCUAAGGAUCUUCCUGCUGCCUGUAGUCCAACUGAAAACGCAACCGUAUCUGAAGAAGUACAAGAAAAGCUGGAGAGUCGGAGAGUUCAGCGUUUGAGGAGAAUGGAGUUGAGAAGAACAUCACAGAAAUCUUCUGAUGGUGACCAGCUGUCUGACGAUGACUCUGACACCAUGGUGGACGAUCCCAGUGAUGUGGAUUUUGUCCCACGUGCUACACGUCGCACCAACCGAGUACCGUCACGGAAUCAGAGGACGCUUGAGGCUUUCCCAGCGGUCAGCCAGCCCAGCAUCACUGCCACUGCUGGCCACAUGGCCAUUCCCAGAAUCCAGCAGCUGUCCUCCCAGAAGCAGAAACCCUUUCCUGUCCUGCCGCAUUGCUCACCCCGCCAGUCUGUAAAGAUGCACUGUGCUAACUGCCACAACGCCUUGCAGAAGGGCCAGACGGCCUACCAGCGCAAAGGCAUGCCCCAGCUCUUCUGCUCUUCUGCCUGUCUUGCUGCCUUUGCUAGGAGACCACCAAGGAAAAAGCUUUGUGUGUACUGUAAAAGGGAUAUCGGGACUGUAAAGGAGACCGUUUUUGCCCAGAAUGGGCCAUCAAAUUCUUUCCAGGAGUUCUGUAACAAUGUUUGCCUCUCCCGCUUUGAGACUCAGAGCCAGAGGAGCUCUGCACUUGUAACUGAGCUGUCUGGUGUGCGAUGCAGCAUGUGCCACCUGGUGGGAGAGAUCCUUCAUGAGGUCAGUAGUGGGAACAUGGUGCAUCACCUCUGCAGCGAUACCUGCUUCAGCCACUUCCGGGCGACCAAGGGCCUGAAGACCAGCUGCUGUGACAGCUGUGGCCUCUAUAUCUACGCCAAGACCUCCCGCGUUGAGUACCUCCUCCACGAGGGUCAGCAGAGGCGCUUCUGUGAUGCCGCAUGCCUGGCUCAAUUCAAAAAGAAAAACACCAAAGUACUCCCAUGUCAGUGGUGCAAGACCUUAAGCAAAAAUUUUGACAUGCUGUGCCGUGGUGAUGUGCAUGGGAAGGCCCUGCUCUUCUGCUCCUUGUGCUGCAUCACGUCUCAUAAAGUGAAAACGUCUGGCGAGACAGUCCCCAUGCAGCCUUGCAGCUUCUGCCUGCGUGAGCUUGCUGAACCUGCCUAUUACUACACAGCCAACAGAGUUAUUUAUCAGUUUUGCAGCCCCAGCUGCUGGACUAAAUUUCAGAAGAACACCCCAGAUGGCGACAUUCAUCUGAGCUGCCACUCUUGUCACAAUAUGUUUAAUGGAAAACCAGAAAUAUUAGAUUGGCAGGACUCAAUCUUCCAGUUCUGCUGUAAGGAGUGCUGCGAAGAUUACAAGCGGCUGCAUGGGGUGGUGUCUGUCUGUGAGCACUGCAAGCAGGAGAAGCUUCUCUAUGAGAAGAUCAAGUUCUCUGGUGUAGAGAAGAAUUUCUGCAGUGAAGGCUGUAUCUUGCUGUACAAACAAGACUUCACCAAAAACUUGGGCCUGUGCUGCAUUACCUGCACUUACUGCUCUCAGACCUGCACUAGAGCAGUUACUGAAGAGAUGGACGGCAACACAUGGGACUUCUGCAGUGAGGACUGCAAGAGCAAGUACCUGCUGUGGUACCUAAAGGUAGCAAGAUGUCAUGCCUGCAAGCGACAAGGGAAACUUCUAGAAACCAUCCAUUGGCGGGGGGAGAUCAAGCACUAUUGUGACCAGAAGUGUCUCCUGCGGUUCUACAGCCAGCAGAACCAACCUAACCUGGAUACCCAGCAGGGCCCAGAGAGCCUGCUCAACAGUCAGUCCCCAGAUUCUAAGUCACCCCCUGCUGCUGUGAAGAAAAGUGAACCCACAGGGAGACGGCACACAGCCCAGCCCCCUCCUCCGCCUUCCUCACCCCCUCCGGCUGUGACUCUGCUUAACAAAAACAAGGCUUCCUUAUGCCGGCCCGUGAUGGAGGACCGGGCCACAUCCUGCAGCCCGGAGGUGAAGUCUCAGGGCUGCCAGACGGAUGACAUCCCAAUGGCUCCGCCCUUCGUGCUGCCGAUUCCCAUGCCGGUCUACAUCCCGCUUCCACUGCACAUGUACUGUCGCUAUGCACCAGUGCCCCUCACCCUGCCUUUGCCGGUUCCUGUGCCCAUGUUCUUCCCCACUACACUUGAAAAUGCAGAUAAGAUAGUGGAGGCCAUCGAGGAGAUCAAAGUGAAGAUCCCAUCUAAUCCACUGGAGGCUGACAUCCUGGCUAUGGCCGAGAUGAUCGCUGAGGCCUCAGAAAUGGGCAAAGCCUCCUCAGAUCUCUGUGAUUUGGUCAGUAACCCAAGCGCAGAGAGCUUGCUGGAGGACUGUGACCUGUUUGGCCCAACGAGAGAUGAUAUGCUGUCCAUGGCUGUUAAGAUGGCCAAUGUUUUAGAUGAACCAGGUCCCGACUUGAGAGAAGAUCUUCCUAAAGAUCUAAACCCCAGCGUUGAGUUUCUUAUUGACUGUGGAAUUGUCAGCCCAGACAGCAUUUGCACAAAAAAUGAGCUUCCGGUGGCUGUGAAAAAGGGCUCAAAGCAGCUUGGCUUGUCUGAGAGCUGUUCCAAGGACCCCCCAGGCGCUCGAGCCACCAGAACAAGGUUAAAUCACACAUAUGGUGUCAAUGCCUGGAAGGUUUGGGCUCAAAGUAAGAACCACGUGACAGAGGAGAGAAAAAAGAAGCGUUUUAAAGUAAAAGAGGACAUUCUGUCUUGCACGGCUGCUGAGCUGAAUUAUGGAUUGGCACAGUUUGUCAAAGAAACUGCCAGUCCUAGUGGAGAAUACUACGAGCCAGACAGUGUCUACUACCUGUGUCUUGGAAUUCAGCAGUAUCUUCUAGAAAAUCACAGAAUGGUGAACAUCUUCACAGACCAGUACUAUGCGACCUUUGUUCAAGAACUGAAUAAGAUACUGAGCAAGUGGAAUCCUGAAAUAUCUCCCGAGGGUUUGGCCCGAUCGGACGUGGAAGAGGAGCACUUGUGGGACUGUAAGCAGCUGGGUGUGUACUCGCCCUUCGUUCUCAUCAACACCCUAAUGUACUUCAACACCAAAUACUUUGGCCUGAGGACUGUGGAGCAGCACAUGGAGCUGUCCUUCGCCAACGUGGCUCGACAGUCCCGCAUGGUCUCUGUGUCAGAAGGCGUCAUCAAGGUGCACAGCGUCUGCUACUAUCCCAGCUGGCGGCAUCGAAAGACCAAAGAGGCUGCCUUGGGAAAGAGGAAGCGGGAUGAUGACAUUCCAGGGAAGGAGCAGGAGGAAAACAGGAUGAACCCUCUCAGAUGUCCUGUCAAGUUCUUUGAGUUCUACCUGUCCAAGUGUUCUGGAACUGUGAGGAACCGCAGCGACGUGUUCUACCUGCAGCCUGAGAAAUCCUGCGUGGCAGAGAGCCCGCUAUGGUACUCCGCCGUCCCCAUGGACCGGGCCACUCUGGAGACCAUGUUGUACCGGAUCCUGGCCGUCAGAGAGAUCUACAGAGACUACACCAGCAAGGAGCAUGCGAUCUGAGCCUUGAAAGAUGCUGAACCUCAUUGCUGACUGCAUCACAACAAACUGUGCUGUUCGUAGUUAGUGAAAUGGCGGAAAGGUCUUAAUCCUGAAAUAUUUCUUGCACGUGAAACUUCUGAAAGGUCCGUUGUUCAGCACCUUUCUGCCACACAUUUCACUCUGUGCGACUUGUGGAUUGUACCAAAAUACAGAGAAAGCAUUUAUUUUAGCGCUUCUCAAAAUAGUUUUAUGUAGGAAUAUAAAUGAUGCCACUGUGGCAUUUAGGCUUCAAGUGCUUCUGUGUUGACAGUCUUUGUUAUAGAAGUUUAAAAGGUCUGAAUCUUAGUUUUUGAAUAACUUGAAAGCAUUGUCUGCCACUUGUAGCUACAAUUACUACAUCUAUUCAUUUUUCUUUCUACUUUAUUACAUGGUCUUUUGGAUAAAGGCUAAAUUUACCAUUAAAUCUUCAAUACUGUAUACAUGAACCUAUUAAUAAAGUUAAAUUUAAAAAACCCUGUGA